GAGAUGACUUCCUGGAGGCGGAGCUUCAGAAAGAGCAGGAGAUUUUAAAGAGACAGAGGCCCGAUUUCAAGGAGUUUAAUUAGGAAGUUACAUUUCUUUAAGUCAUAUUUGCUAGAGCAUUUGAUAAUAAUUUAAGGUUACUUUAUUUGCUAUAAAAUGGCACUAUGCGCCUGGAAAACUCAAAAUAUCGCCCCUUUACUACUAGACUUGUAAAUAAAUGACGAGAUCUUUCAAUUUUAAAAUGUAAUGUAAAAAGCAGAUCUGUUGCUUAACUACUUUGACCAAGAAGAACAUAUUUCUAAGCAGUUCUGUUUGGGCCACUCCUUUCAAACCAUCAGAAAAUCAAAUAAACAGAUUUUUUAAUUGCCCAUUUUGACAGCAACCAUCCUCCAUAUGCAUAUUAUUUUUUAGCAACGUAUCAUUACUUUUAUUGGGUUGCUGCUUGCUGCUGAAAAGGCAUGAACCUCUAGGAUUUUUAAUAUCUACAAAAAAAAUUUAAUGAAGAAAUUUGGGAGCAGAAAGAGAUUAAAUUGGACGCAACACCGUUUGCAUCAUUUUAACUGUAAAACAGGAAACAAAGUUUCUAAUUAACAACUGUUUAAAAAAACAGUCCUAAUUAGUUCCAAUGUCUUAGACAUUAGAACAGAUUCAGACCUUAAUGAUUUUCAUCUAGAAUGUGGAACUGAAACCAUGCUGAAAAUCAGGAAAUGCUGCAUAUCUGCUUCUAAAAAAACAUGUUUCACAUGUAAGAAAUAACUGACUGGAGUUAUUGUUUUCUUUCUGAAAUUGAUCAGAUUUCUCCGUAUGAUUUGGGGGCCGAAGGGGCCGUCCUACUGAAACUGCCCGGGGCCCUUCAGAAGUUAAGCCCGGCCCUGAUCCAAACAUAUGUUGGAUUUUCCUUCUUUUCAAAGCAGAAACCAGAACUGCUGCUUCCUGUAGCCAAUCAUGUCCUCCGGUGAGUGAAAUAUGGAGUCAAACAGGUCGGACGGCAGCGGGAUGAGCUGAGUGACAGAGAGUUUCUGAGGGAGACGCUGGUUCCUUUCUGAGGUCGGAUCUGUUGUUGUUUGGGUUUUUAAAUGAAGGAUGAGGGGAAAAUGCGACUGAGGCAGCGAUAGGGCUCCAUGCUGACUGCAGAUUUCAAGGCACAUCAGAACAUGUUGGAAAUCAGAACAGUAAAGCACUGAAGCAGAUUGAGGAAAAUGAGUGUUCCUAAAGACCCGCCGGCGGUGAAGCGGCCUGAAGCCCAGGAGGAUGACGACAUCGAGUCAGAGGAGCCGAAAGGCAAAGACGAGCAGGGAAAGGAUUUCCCGAAAACGACUCAAACAGCAAAACCAGCGUUCAACCCUCUGACUCUCAUCAAAGACGACUUCAACCAAUUUAAAGAGGAAAUGAAGAAAAUGUUCAGGGACAAAGACUCGGAUCCCAAACCGAGCCAAUCAGCGGAGAAGAGUAGCAGCCCUCUGACUGUCCUGAAAGAGGAACUCUCCAACGUUUUCCGGUUUGGUCCUUCAAGAGGUCGAGAGGACAAGAACGUGGAAAAGAAGGAAGACUCCAGGAACAACCCCAGGACAAAAGCCUCAAGAGCAGAGAGACCAGAUGAAACGCUGACGAGUCUGUUCUGGAGGGAGAAACCUCUCCUGAAGACGGCUCAAACAAAUCACACGAAGGAGGUUAAAAAGAGCAAAGAAGACUUCGAAAUAAAUCCAACAAAACAAAACAAAGAAACUGAAAACACACAGGAAUCUAACGACCCGAUAAACUGCCUGGAUAAAUCCAGUCAGGUGACUGGUUGUGGUUCAGAGAAGAGAACCGAGAAGACAAAGACUCCAAAACCACAGAGUGAGAAGCUGUUUGCAUCAACAGCAGGUACGGCUCUGAAUCUAUCAGCCAAACAUAAGAUCAUCAACUCUGCUGUAUUAUCUCUGUAAAAACA